UCAUGGAUGAUUCAGAUAUCAAAAGGCUGGGCGAGAUCCUUAUUACAGCGGAGGAGGAGGAGGAGUUGAAUACACCUGAUGAACAUGAUCACACCGAAACAUCUACCCACCAGAGUUAUGUAACCAUUCUGAAAGAAGGAGAUAUCCGAAGUCGUAUGAAAGAAGAGAUCCAACGUGUUUCAAAUACUUACUCAAUCUCCAAAGACGACGCCACACUUCUGCUAGCCCACUUUCGCUGGGAUGAUAUUGAACUUCAUAAGAACUGGUCUGAUAACGCUAAAACUGUUAGAGAAAGCGUCGGAAUAUUUGAGUUGGAGAGACCACUUGAUUUACCUUCUGACGACAAAAAUUUCUAUUGCGGAAUCUGCUUCAAAAUACACUCACUUGAGAGGUCUGCAUCGGUCUCAUGUGGCCAUCGUGUAUGCAAGUUCUGCUGGAGAAGUCAUAUCAACAAAAGAAUCAAAGAGAUUGCAGAUGUUGACUGGUAUGGGACAUUAAAAUGUCCAUAUUGUCCAGCUUCCUUUGGUUGGGACAUGAUAGAGAGUUUUGCUUGCCAGGAAGAGAAGACUAAGUACUAUCGAUAUCUCUUUAGAUCUUACGUUGAAGGCAGCAAAGUGAUAAAAUGUUGUCCUGCUAAGGGGCGUAGCUGCGAUGUUCAUCUUACUCCUGGUUCCGGAAACUUUGAUGUCUUAUGUCUCUGCCUGCUUAGUUUCUGUUGGAAUUGCAGCCAGGACACUCACAGUCCAAUGGACUGUGAAUCAGCUGCAAAAUGGUUAAGAAUGAACAGUUCUGAUUACCAAGACCCCAACUGGGUACGAGAGAACACGGUGCCUUGCCCUAGGUGUAAGCUAAGGAUCAGAGAAAAUCAAGAUUGGUCACUGAAGAUGAGAUGCUUUCCACCUUGCAACUAUGACUUCUGUUGGCGCUGCCGUGGUCAAUGGACUGAACAUGGCUUAGAUUUAUACACUUGUACCCAUGAUGAGGUCUCGUAUGAAGAGACUGUUUUUGGGAAUAUGGCAGAAUAUGCUGCAGGUAGAUACAAAGACUGUCAUGAAAAGUGGAUGAGUAAUGAAUCGUUGAUGCAAAAGGCAAAAGCAAAACUCCAGCAACUACACACUGAUGUUAUUCCAGAUUUGAGUAACAAACAGUUAGCAACUGUACAGCAGCUUGAGUUCAUUGCGGAAGCUUGGUCUCAGAUCAUGGAAUGUAGAAGGGUCUUGAAAUGGACUUAUGCUUAUGAGUAUUACCUAGGAGAGGACCAGGUCGAAAAGCAAGCUUUCUUGAAGCUUAAGCAAGACAAUGCAGAGAUUCCUCUGGAGAAGCUCAAUUACCUUGCAGAGAAUCAACUGAAUAUGUUGCUUGACUCAGAUGGACCAUCAGAGAAUUUUAAUAGAUUCCGCAGCGAUUUAACUGACUCAACUAGAAUAACGAGAAAUCACUACGAGCUUCUUGUAAGAGAUCUUGAAGAUGGCUUAAGUAAUGUUGUCGGUGCUUCGACGUCGCAAAGGGCACGUAACGAGGAUGAUGCUAGUGGUUCGAGCAGUAUACAUGAUGAUUUAUUUUAAUGU